AGAGUGCUGAAGGAGCCUGUUGAGGAGCGGAUGUGAGGGAGGUCAGUAAAAGCUCAGGGAUCAGGAGAGGGCUCGGUAUAAAGGCUGCCCGGGACAAGCAGACGCUCAGAACAGUUCAGCUCUGCUCAUCUUAACGCACACUUCGUUAAACAACUGACCAAAGCUGACACAGCACAGUAGAAUGAGCAUGCGUGGAGCAGUGACAGGUUGCUUGGUGCUGGCGUGCCUUGUGGUGCUGCUGGCUGAGAGGACGGAGGGACACAUCACCUUCUUCAGUCCCAAGGAGAUGAUGCUGAUGAAGGAGAGAGAAGGUAGAAAGGAUAUGGAGCCUCGAUCAGAGGACGGUCAGAUUGAAGAGGUUACAGUCCAACAGCUUCCUGAGGUGGAACAUGGAAAUCCUGAUAAAACAGUGGAGAUUGCCAUUCGUCUUUCACCCAAACAGCUAGCGCAUGUGGCUCCGUUCCUCGAAGAGAUCCUCCAUGAUAUGGUGGAGGAACGUCAGAAAGCCAAAUAGCCAGGGUGAAGACACCAGGGGAUGAACGCUGUACAAACUCUUCAAAAAGCACUGACUGCUCAAAUGUUUUAUUGUGUUUUAAUGAACCAUCCAAUAAAAGGGAAGUGAUUCUUCACACAUUAAA